AUGCUCGCCAGACUAGCACUACUCAUCACUCUCGGCUUUGCUUCUGCCUUGGAUCUCUGGUCUGCCGUACCAAGCUGCAGUACGCCCAAGCUGACUGAUGAGCAACGCGCUGUCCAUGCAAAGUUUCUCGCUGCGAGCCGUUUGGGCGAGAGUGCUGUUAGUAAAAGAGCCAGCAUUUCAGUUGACAGCUAUGUUCAUGUUGUGACUGAAUCAAACAGCCCAAGUUCCUACUACUUGACAAUGAGAAUUCUCAAUGCAGAGUUUGCUAGAAGUUCCUUCACGUUCCGGUUAGCCGAAGUUGACUGGCUUGUUAAGCCAGAAUGGGCCCGCAAUCAGGAGAACAACACCAUGAUGACCCAGCUUCGCAAGGGCAGCUACAGGGCGCUGAACCUGUAUUUUCUCACAGAUUCCAGCGGCGGACAUGUGGGAUACUGUUCUUAUCCCACUGAUGAGACUCAAUAUUGGCCGAUCGACGGGUGUAUCAUCAGCGCAUGGACAGUUCCUGGUAACUUAUCCCUCUACACUGGCGGGGACGAGCUAUCCCAUGGAAUGAGUACUGUCCACGAGGUGGGCCAUUGGCAAAAUCUAAUGCACACAUUUGAGGGAGAUAAUUGCGCUGGUGAUGGUGAUCUUGUCGAUGAUACACCAGCUGAGGCCAGCGCGCCUACUGAGCCAUGCCCAACAGGCCGCAAUACCUGCAGCCAGGCUAGCGAGGACCCUAUCCAUAACCACAUGGAUUACUCCCACGAUUCCUGCAAGGCGACCAACGGCUACGCCUUCACUGAUGGUCAGAUUCGUCGCAUGGAGGAGAGCUGGUAUCACUAUCGCAGUGGCAAAUAACUACUUCGCAUAGGAGGGUGUCGAGGAAUCUUACAGAAUGCUCGUUUUGCAGUAGUGGAAGGUGUUGGAUCAAUUAUAUGCAGUACCAUUUCUAACUUCACUAUAAACCGCAACAGGUUUACAAGGCAAGUUAUAGAUGUAUUGGAGCUUACCAAAACGGACAAUGCUCAACGGUUCUGUUCUAUUGAAAAAAAGAGAAACGAAAAACGAAAAGGCUACACGCAGCGAAUGUGCAGAAAGAUGACAGAAAAUAUGGUCCAAAUUAGAUAGUUUUUUUAUAUUAACUUGCGCGUAGAUAUGUCGGCAUCAACUGUUCAUGUAUAGUCUCUGCGUAUUGCCGCAACAUUCACCUGCUUCUUCAUAUCACGCCUCUAUGGAGGUAAGGGUAAAUACCACUUUGAGCUGUCAGCCUCAUAUUGUGCCGCGGCACUACGCAAAUUGCGUCAUCAAAAACAUUAGAAAGCAGAAAGUGUUUGGCUCGAUUCAACAUGCCUGCGCUUCAUGAUACAAUAAUGCCGCACGUAAGCCGCUGCUAUGAAGCCGAGCGCAUCCGCCUCCCAGUCGUACGCUCGUUAGGCCGCCGCCUAAUAUGCAGCAUCAUGUGGAAUAAUACUGUAUUCGGCCCUAUAGCGCCACAGCUUCUUUGCUUCCCCG